UAUAGUAAGAGAAAAAGAAAAGGAGAGAUAUUAAGGUCCAUGGUUAUGGGUGGAAAGGGAAAGAGUUAUUGUUGGUUGAGUUUGUGUUUAUUGGGUUCUACAAUUGUUAAUAUAUACUUUUUGAGUGAUUUAUAUAUUGAUGGGAAGGGGAAGGUGAGUUGGAGUGAAGAAGGUGCAGCAAAAGCAGAAGAAGUUGCAUCUAUAUAUUGUUCAAAUCAUGGAAGGGCUUAUUUGGAUGGAGUUGUUUCAUCAUUUGAUGGGAAGCCUGUUUGUGAGUGUCACACUUGCUAUGCUGGUUCUGAUUGCUCUUUAUUAUCACCUGAUUGUGCUGCUGAUGCUGAUAGUGGUGAUCCACUAUUCCUGGAGCCCUUUUGGAUGCACCAUGCAUCCAGCAGUGCAGUUCUUAUCUCAGGUUGCCACAGAAUGAGCUACAGCUUCCCCGGCUCGACCGCCAUCUCCGAGGUGCUCGAUAGCCACAUCCGACGCCUCCACCACGUGGCCAAAAACGCCCUAACCGAUGGCAAAUACAUCGUCUUUGGUGGCGGAUCCACACAGCUCCUCAACGCAGCCGUCUACGCCCUCUCCGCCAACCUCUCCUCCCCAGCAAGCGUCGUUGCAUCCGCGCCUUUCUACCCGCUUUACAAGACUCAAACAGAUUUCUUCCAAAACAAGAACUACGCGUUCAAAGGGGAAGCCUCGUUGAUGAGCAACGCCUCGUAUGCAAACACGAACGUGAUCGAGUUCGUGACCUCCCCCAACAAUCCAGAUGGGAAUCUGAAGGAGGCUGUGUGCAAAGGACCUAAUGUCAGAGCUAUUUAUGAUCAUGCCUAUUUUUGGCCUCAUUUUACAGCAAUUCCUUCCCCUGCUGAUGAGGAUGUCAUGAUUUUUACCAUGUCUAAGCUCACCGGUCAUGCAGGAAGCAGAUUCGGAUGGGCUCUCGUGAAAGAUGAGGAAGUAUACAACAACAUGAUGAUGUACAUAUCAGUAGCAGAGAUGGGAAUCUCAAGAGAGACUCAACUUAGAGCUCUGCAGCUUAUGAAAGCAAUUCUUCGUGGAGAUGGCAAGGAGAUCUUCGAUUAUGCAUUUGAGAAGAUGAGUGCUCGUUGGGGAAAAAUAAGCCGGAUUUUCUCAAAGUCGAAGCGUUUCUCCAUCCAAGAAAUCCCACCAUUGUACUGCAACUUCUUUGAUAAAGUUCGGGGGCCUUCUCCAGGUUAUGCAUGGGUGAAAUGUGAAAGAGAAGAAGACCUAGAUUGCACAAGAGUUCUCCGGGAAGCAAACAUCAUCGGUCGGGCCGGCAGCAGGUUCAGCGUCGAUGACCACUACGUUCGUCUCAGCCUGCUCAAAGGCGACGAUGACUUCAAUCUAUUGUUGAACCAUCUCGAGACACUAGUGGACGAGGAAGGCGGGCUGGAGGCCGUGUCAAGCUUUUAACGAUCAAUCUCAUAGUUGAUCUUGAUUUAACAAUGUGGAUAUAGUGAGGAAGCUGUAUGUUAUAGUAUGCUAUAUAAUGUUGUACAAAAUUAUUCAACUUGAAAUUGCUUCUCA